UUUUGACAUUGACAACAUGCGUGCAUAGAUAUCUAUCUCUAUAUAAACUCUUGAAUAACGCUUACUCUACCUAUUCCUGUACAAAGGAUCGCAUUGUCAACUAGUCUGUCAACUUUACAGGUCAUCAUGAAGUUGGUCCUUUUUCUCGUUCUGGCCCUGCCUUUGGUCAUGUCAGCACCACAGAGAAAGGCUUCAAAUCCAUUUGUGAACUCUCUUGUGAACAUUUUCCACGGAGAUGAGCUAAAACAACUAGUUACAGAUUUAGUUGACGAUAUUGGUUCUGACGAUAGGGAGGUGGAAUGUGAAAAAGAGUGUGACCAUCUCGUAGACACCCAGUUUAGUGGAACUGUCAACGUCCUGUCACAUCACGUUUGUCCCCUGGCUUGCCAUUCGCUCCAGGAGUUGGCCCACUUCUUCCAUGUCCCUAUUCCUACAGCGCCAAUUGUCAGUCAAACUCCGUAGAGCGACAGCAUGACAUGAUCUGUGUUCCCUUGGAUUAGAUGGAAUGUUUAACUGUUCGUUGAUGUACAUUUUGGUUAUAUAAUAUCAAAUAAACAACCAUCCGAAAUCGACAA